CUUGCCGAGGAAGCACUUGUUCAGUAUUCUCCAAUCUCGUGUCGAGUCAACGUCCAACGGAAGGACAGUCUCGAGUUCUUCAACUUUCGCCAAAGAAAUCAACAAGCUUCCGGAUAUUUGUGAUAUUUUAAAAAUCGUUCAAAAGUUUUUCGAAUGCAGCCAGGGAGAAUACGUGAUUUCAGUUUUUUCAUUAAAAUUCAAUAGUUACAACACUGCCCACUAUUAAACAACAAAAGAGAGCGUGUCGAUAAAAAAGCGGCUAGAUUGUCGCAAAAUCAUCAAAUUCGCUAUCGGCGUCCUUGGAUCGAUACCGGAAACGGCCCUUAUACAAAACAAGAUGCUAGAGGAAAUUGACAUUCCACGAGAAGCGCAGAAUGCGUAUUCAAAAAUCAUUGAAGACGAAACAAACAACAAUGAGAUCGCUGAUGCUAUUGGUGGCAAUGGAUUCAGAAUUAGACAAGAAACUCCUCUCCAAGAAUUUUAUGCCGGGCAGAAAAUUUUUAUAACAGGAGGAACUGGUUUUCUGGGAAAGAUUCUCAUUGAAAAGCUUUUGAGGAGCUGUCCGAGUGUAUCGACGAUAUAUCUUUUGGUGAGACCAAAGAAAGAGAAAAACAUCCAAAACCGAAUGCAAGAAUUAUUCGAAGAUCCGAUCUUUCAAGUUCUGAAAGAUAAGCUGCCGAAAUUUGGUCACAAGGUCAUUGCCAUUGCAGGUGAUUGUGCUCUAGAAGGCCUAGGACUUUCUUCAUCUGACCGAGAACUUUUAAUAAACGAAGUAUCGAUCAUUUUCCACGUGGCAGCGACAGUGCGAUUCGACGAGAAGUUGAAAACUGCAGUUGCAAUUAAUAUUCAAAGUACUGCUGAUAUCUUAGAAUUGGGUAAAGAAAUGCAAAAGUUAAAGUCUUUAAUCCACGUAUCGACCGCUUAUGCAAACUGCAAUCAUCAGAAAAUUGAAGAAAAAAUGUACACCUACCCCAUCAAAUCUGUAGACCUUUUGAAGCUCGUGGAAUGCAUGCCUGAAGAGGCUAUUGAUCAACUUACUCCCACAAUAAUUUCUUCUUGGCCAAACACCUACGCCUUUACAAAAGCAAUGGCGGAAGAUUACGUGAGAAGAAGAAACAAAGGCUUACCAAUUGGAAUAUUCAGACCAGCUAUCGUUGUUUCAACUGCUAACGAGCCUAUUCCGGGAUGGAUAGACAAUCUUUACGGUCCAACUGGAGUUGCUGCAGGAGUCUCAACAGGAAUUUUGAGAAGUUUGCAUUGUGACUCAGAAGUAAAUGCCAACAUUGUACCAGUAGACUUGACUGUUAAUGCUUUAAUUGCAAGUGCAUGGGACGUUGCUAUGCAAAAAACAAGAAGAGACGAAGACAUGUUAAUAUACAAUUUUGUAUCUUCGGCAGAUGCUCGUUUGACCUGGGGUGAAUUCUGUAAAACUAAUGUAGCCUACUCUGAUAUUUAUCCGCCCAGUAAUUCAUUCUGGUAUUUGUCAUUCACAAUGAACAAGCAUAAACUGGUUCACUCAGCCUACACAGUACUUCUACAUUUAUUACCAGCACUUGUAGUAGACACAGCUAGUCUAUGCAUUGGUCAAAAACCAAAACUCCUGAAGGUCUACCAGAAGGUGCAUAAAUUCACUGACGUAAUUUCACAUUUCUGCACACGUGAAUGGACUUUCACAAACGGAAAUGUGCAAUCAAUGUGGGACCGAUUGGAUUCCAAGGACCAACAAAUUUUCAGGUUCAACAUGAAGAACUUUAAUUGGGAACUGUAUUUCGAAACUUACUUGAAGGGAAUAAGAGUCUACUUGUUUAAAGACGACCUCAGUACCUUGGAACAGAGCAAAAAAAGGUGGAUAAGGUUCUACUGGAUGCACCAGAUCACUAAAGCGGUGGGUUCCUCUGUAGGCAUCUGGAUUCUGUGGCGACUAUUGUCGACAAUUUUCACCAUGACGUAGAAGGGAAAAUAGUUAUUUAGUUGACGCCAUUUAAUUUAAAAAAAAAAUAGAAUUCACGUGCCAAUCAGUGCUCUAUUGUAAAUACUUCUAAACUUCGAAGCCUGCAAAUAGUAAAUAUUUAGCCACAGAACUAAAUACAUCUCAUAUAUACUACACCGUUAUAAAGUGAAAUGACGUAUUUGUAAACAAAAUAAUGUGAAAUCGUGGUUGGAUAAGAAACCACAUC